AUGUCUAGAACAAGUUCUUACUUUCUUUCACAUCCGGCCAGUGUCGACGCGUCACUCAGAGCAGAGUCGCGUUUCCCUCGCUCCGACGUCGAUGUCAGGCAGAGCAAUAUUGCAGAUCAGCGGCUGUCACCCUUACUUUUUGCUUUAAAAACCUUGCAACAUGCCCAGCGUAAACAUCGUCCCACCAGGAAUAGAAAUCGUGACCUGGGAAUCCCCGAGAAUGCAGCAGGAAUCCGUAAAGAAGGCUCUGCUGUGUUGAUCCAGCUCACAGCAGAUGCAAGGAAUAUCGAGAAAAUGCUUAACGCUUGCAAUAAAUCUUGGCAUCCAGCCCAGGCCACUGAACCGAAUCACCGUGGGAUUAAAGUCAAGGGAUUGGGAUCUAGAGAUAUGAGGAGGCGGAAAACCACGGGAUGA